CGCUGGCAACACUGGACACUCUGCACUGAUACGUAGUAUCUUCUUAGUAGUUUGUGCUGCACUGUAUCACGGUUGAAAAUAAGGCUAUUAUAGUGCAGUUAUUGUAUAAUUUAGUGAAAAUGCGUGAGAUAGUGCAUGUUCAGGUUGGGCAAUGUGGGAACCAGAUAGGAUCUAAGUUCUGGGAGAUAAUCUCCGAUGAGCAUGGCGUGGAUCCCUCGGGGCACUACCACGGCGAAAACCCUCAACAGCUGGAGAGGAUCAACGUCUACUACGAAGAAGCGUCGGGCGGUAAAUACGUGCCGCGAGCGGUAAUGGUCGACCUCGAACCCGGGACCAUGGAUUCAGUGAGGGCAGGACCCUACGGACAGCUCUUCAGGCCGGACAACUUCGUGUUCGGACAGAGCGGCGCUGGUAACAACUGGGCCAAGGGACAUUACACAGAGGGCGCUGAGCUCGUUGACGCCGUCAUGGAUGUCAUCCGCAAGGAAUCGGAAAACUGCGACUGUCUUCAAGGAUUCCAGCUGGCGCACUCGCUCGGCGGCGGCACGGGGUCCGGAAUGGGGACGCUGCUGCUCAGCAAAAUCCGGGAGGAGUUCCCCGACAGGAUCAUGAGCACGUUCAGUGUCGUGCCUUCACCCAAAGUCAGUGAAGUGGUCCUAGAACCGUACAACGCGACGCUGUCCGUACACCAACUGGUUGAAAAUACAGACAUGACCUUCUGUAUAGACAACGAGGCGCUCUACAACAUCUGCUUCCGAACGCUCCGGCUUGCCAACCCUAGCUACGGGGAUCUGAACCAUCUCAUCUCGUUAACAAUGUCCGGUAUAACCACAUGCCUCCGUUUUCCCGGGCAGCUGAACGCAGAUUUGCGUAAGCUGGCAGUCAACAUGGUACCAUUUCCCAGGCUUCACUUCUUCAUGCCAGGGUUCGCGCCCCUCACCGCCAGAAAUUCCUUUGACUACCGUCCUCAAAACGUAGCUGAACUUAUGAGUCAGAUGUUCAACCCGGGUAACAUGAUGACAGCUGCCGACCCCCGCCACGGCAAGUACCUCACCGUGGCUACUAUGUUCAGGGGCCGUAUGAGUAUGAGAGAGGUGGAUAACCAAGUAAUGGCCAUACAGAACAAAAACUCUAGCUACUUCGUAGAAUGGAUCCCGAACAACCUUAAAGUCUCCGUUUGUGACGUGCCUCCCCGCGGGCUCAAGAUGUCCGCCACCUUCAUAGGCAACUCCACAGCCAUUCAGGAGAUCUUCAAACGCAUAUCGGAGCAGUUCUCAGCCAUGUUUAGGCGCAAGGCGUUCCUCCACUGGUACACCGGUGAGGGUAUGGACGAGCUGGAAUUUACGGAGGCUGAGAGUAACAUGAACGACCUCAUCUCCGAAUACCAGCAGUACCAGGACGCCCACGUGGACGACGAGGACGUAGAAUUCGACGAGGAAGACGAAAUAGAGCAGGAGCAAUACGCGCAGGAGAACGACAGAGACGCCGUCCACAUUGUGGACAAUCUUUAAACUCACACUCACUUUAUGCUUAGUAGGCUUGUGCCGUUUCGUUCGUUGAUCGGAGCGCUCCGAUCUCGUUCAAUCGCUCCCAUGAACUAGUUCGCUCUUUUAGGUCUUUUGCUCAUUUAGUUCAGCCAGACCAGCGACCACUGCGGU